AUGCAAACUAUAGAAAGACUUGACAGUAAAGUUACAGUUUUUAAUGUUUUGAAAAAAGAAUUACAGGUUUUAGGAUACUUUACAGUUGGAAGACAUCAAAGAGUUUGUUUGCCUAAUGGAUGGGAUCAUCAGAAUCCAGACUGUGAACCUAUAGUAUGUGACACCCCCCCAGAAAUAGUAGAUGGGCUAGUUGAUUUGGGCUCAUUUUCUCGAUAUAUAACAGUUGGAACUGUUGCCACCUACAGAUGUAAUAAGUUUCAGCUUAUUGGAAAUGCAACUAUUUACUGUACCAAGUCAGGAACUUGGAGCAGUUCACCUCCUAUCUGCAAAGAUGUGAAAUGCCCAGAUCCAGAAGUUGCCAAUGGGUAUAAGACAAAUAAUUUUGGGCCGAUUUAUCGCUACCUGCAUUCUACUACAUUUGAAUGCAAAUUAGGCUAUUGGAUGAAUGGCUCUUCAAGAAUUGUAUGCAAGGAAGAUAAUACUUGGCAUCCUUCACCCCCAACCUGUGCGCUCUUCAGUUUCGACAAGAGUUGUGGUCCUUUGCCAGAUAUACCGCAUGGAAUUAUAGAGUAUAGUGAUGGUGUUGAUUUUGGCUCUGUUGCUCAGAUAUCCUGUGAAGAAGGGUAUAAAUUGGUUGGAAAAAAUCUAAGAGUCUGUUUGUUUGAUGGAUGGAGUCACCAGAAUCCUGUAUGUGAACGGUUUUGCGGUGAUCCACCAACAUCACAAAAGGCUGUUUUGGACAGUAAUUUGAAUGUAUUUCCUGUGAACACUACACUGACCUACUCGUGCCGUCCUGGUUACAUUUGGGAUCGUUCAUCAAGCAACAAAGUUAUUUGUCAAGAAGAUUCAACAUGGACAGAGCUUAGAAUCACCUGCACCCUCAUUUAUUUAGCCAAGAGUUGUGGUCCUUUGCCGGAUAUGCCGCAUGGAAUUAUUGAGUAUAGUGACGGCGUUUAUUUUGGCUCUGUUGCUCAGAUGUCUUGUGAAGAAGGGUAUAAAUUAGUUGGAAGAAAUCUAAGAGUUUGUUUGUUCGAUGGAUGGAGUCACCAGAAUCCAAUAUGUAUCAAGUAAAUGCUGUAAAGUCUGCUGUACCUCACCUUGUUGCAGGGCUUCAGUGCUCUACAAAGUGUUGUGUACCCGCUGUUAGCUAUUCAUACGUGAUAUUAAAAGCGAAGAGCUGCUGCUGUUUGAAAGAACAUUUGUUGAAGAUUGAAAUAUAGGCUUUCCCCAGGUGUUUUUUUCUUUACAGAAUAUAUUCAUAAGGCUUGGUCUCCUAUGUAGUAUCCUGAGAAGUACAUAGGAAGAGGUGCAUUCCAAAACCUUUUGCCUUGUGGCAGUUCCCUUUAGUUGUCAAUGUACCUUUGAACUCACAAUGGUGAUGCUACUUUAGCCGAUUAUGUAGAGUCUAUUGCUGACACACAAUGAGCUUCUUUACACUUUGAGUAAUAAAAUUAGUCAAGAGAA